GAGUGAGCACAUUGUGCUGUGGGACAGCAGGAGUCAAGCAUCUGGGGUCGCGCUCACAUAUAUUAAACUGAUGCGCACUAAUGCGCACACUGGCACAUCUGACGCGCGCCUGUGGUUACGCGUCUAUCAUGGUGGUACGCGUUUGAAUCGAGGAUUAUUAUUUUAGAAAGACUCCGAUCGUGACUAAAACGGACAUCUACUGCUUAGUGCGCUUGACAGUUUGUAAUUCCUCUUGUUUGCUGUAUGAAAUCAUUGCUCUGACGCCUCUUUACGCUGAUAUCGCACAAGUUUUUAUUUUUUUUUUAGUUGGAAUUGAUUCUCGGACACGUCGCUUUCGGAGAUUUCUAUCAGUCGGACGGUGGUCCUCUUGUAUGGAUGUAGUGGGUCGGACUGAGUCGGACCGAUCCGGGGGUUCCAGACGCGCUUCCCCGAGAUUCCCCAGCAGCAUCACCGUCCAGCCGAGCGCAUCCAGCAGCAGGCGACAUGAUCCUUCUGGGAAUACUUCUAAAUCUGUUCGUCAUUAAGGGGUCUGUCUCCUCUGUGGUGCCGGUGUUCCCUGAAUCUGUGGGCUGUUUAGAGGCUCUCCAGGAAUGCAUGAUGGAGCCGGAGUGCAAGCGUCAGUUCCGGCACCUGGAGUAUUGUGUUGACGAGGAAGCGGUGGCUCCACUGAAUCUGGACGCGCGGCAGCUCUGCGUCGAUGCCCAGAACACCCUCAUGCACUACCAGCCGCUGCAGGACUGCAAGUGUCAGCGAGGGUCUCGCAUGGAGCAACAGUGUCUGAGCAUUUACUGGACCAUCCGCUUUCCACAGGGUUAUGAUGACAUUGAGACGUCCCCAUAUGAAGACAUUGAACUGGAACUUGUGAGAAACACUGAAACAUCAAAACUGGCCUCCAUAGUUUCAGUGUCGUCCCUUCCACUGACGGAUCAGAACCAGUGUCUGAAAGCCGCUCAGGACUGUGGGCUGUAUGAGAAGUGUGGCUCCCUGCGCUCUGAAUACGCUUCAGCUUGCACUAAGAUCUUACCCAACACAAACCACUGUAACCGACACAAAUGUCACCGAGCCCUGCGGAGGUUCCUGGAGCGCGUUCCUGAGGAAUACAGUUUUGGUGUCUUAUUUUGCCCCUGCUCGGAUACUCUGUGUGGAGAGAGAAGGAGAAAAACCAUUGUGCCCUCCUGUUCCUACGAGGAGCGAGACGGACAACCAAACUGCCUUCAUUUGGAGAGCUACUGCCUCAAAGACAACCUGUGCAGGUCAAGACUGGCUGAUUUCCAGCAGAACUGUCAGCCGUCUUCCCUCUCUCCCUCCGGCUGUCUCCGGGAUAGUGGAGCCGUGUGCCUCAAGGCCUACGCUGGGCUCAUCGGUACCAUCAUGACACCAAACUACGUGAGUAACAGCAGUACAGAGGUGUCGCAGUGGUGUAAUUGCGAAGGCAGCGGGAACCAGUGGCAGGACUGCCUGCGUAUCCUGCAUAUGUUCAACAGCAACACUUGUCUUCGCAAUGCCAUUGAUAAUAUGGGAAGCUCCACCCCUCGUCCCGUAGAGGGCACACCCCUUCCUCCACCACGCCCCUCCCCUCAGGUUCAGCGUGAUGAGCUGAACAUCAACCUGCUGCCUGAACCCAAUGCAGUCGAAGAAAGCGAAGAAGUAGAAGAAGAAGAGCAAGAAGAAGAGGAGGAGGAGGAAGAAGAAAACCAAGCCGGUGGAGGAGGCUUCAACGUCAUCCCUCCGUUCUCAGACAAGGCGACAGUCACUAACCUGGGCUCUGAAGCCGGAAGAGUCCAAAGCUCAGCCUCCACCUGCGGCGUCCCUCAAGUCCUACUCGCCGUUCUGCUGCUUAUCACCUUCCGCUGGGUGUAAAAAACCAUCACACACAUACACAGACACACACACACAUGCAAACACACUUCCUCCUGAAGCGUUCGCUCACAUCCAGACUCAAGACCAAUCAUCAGGGGAUGACGAGAACGACAAAACCAAUGGACAACCGUUCUUCUCUCCCUCUUUCAUUCAUUCAUUUCUUUUUCUCCUGGGAAGAGGGUGUGCUAUAGUUAUAGCUGCUUGUCCAUCAUUAGGGAAUCGCUUUCUGAACGGAGCUUCUCACCUGAAUCCU